CAGUCGAUGUCGUUUGCACCAUCAGUUGUAGGCCGUUGACACGGCCAAAACGUGUUUUCCCCUAUGAUCAGUCUCACUGGUUUCACUUUCUCCACACAUCGGAUACGGAUGAUAACGUAGCUUAACUACCAUGUCAAUACCGGCGUGGAAGCAAGCUGUGUUGGAGAGAAAGCGGCGUCACAAACUGGGAAAUCUCGAUGCAGAACAAGUAGGCCUAUCCGAGCUGCCAUCGUGGAAACGUGAUCUCUUGCUGAAGAAAAGAAACCUUUUCCUCGACGACGAUGGAUACGUAAAGCAAAUCGGAAACACAGAUAGUCCAGUCUACGAGAGUGACGACGACGGCUCAGCGUAUACUUCACCUAAUCGACCACAUCUAGGGAGCACCUACAACCAGCAAACCACGUCGUUGGAAUUGGGUAAUACCACUAAGACUAAAAGUAAUAAUAUCGUUUGCGGCACCGACGAAGAUGACACGGUUACAGCCGGUGUCGACGAACACGUCUUACCGUUCUCGAUGAAUCCCUGGAUUAAAAAUGAACGUGGCGGCACGAAACACCGGAUUGGCUUGGGUGCGUGCAAUAAUAUCUCCCGCCCAAACUCGCUUGUGGGGAUGAAAGUCGAUAGCGACCAAAGAGGUCGCAGUGACGAGGCGAUUGUGAAAGGCACGCCGAGCGACCUGCCGGAAGCCGAUCAGGAGUACGAGAUGGUGUACCGUCAGGGAUUCGUUAGCAAACUUAGGAACCGUUUCUCGUCAAUGAGCGACCUACUAGACUUGGAUGACAACCAGUCGCCGGAUCAGGCGUCUUAUUUCAACCACGGACUAGCUAGGCGGUCUUCAAGCCUAGCAUCUCUCGAAGAUGUUGACAAGAGAGAGUCGGAAGGGGCUGCGAUGGAGAAAUCGAUGAGCUUUGAUGCAGGAAACUUUGCCGUCUGCGAUUCAGCUGUGCUCUCCAGAGAGGACGUCGUUAUAAUCGAGAACAAGAAACCCGAGAUGCAAACGAGUGCUGAGUCGGCGAGCCGAGACAAGCCGGAGGUGAAGACAAGUCCACAGUACCGUGAGAUGAUACCUGAGGAACUCCCGAAACCCAACACAGUGGCAAUGUUCCGAAGUCUGUUUGAAAAUGCGAACAUCAAGGACAGCAAUUCCACUACGUCGGUGACGCUACGGAAAAUCGUCGUUGACGAAAUGGAAUCGAAGAGAAAUAGCUGCAAUGACGAGAGUCUGCUGAGUCUUGGACAGAUCGAGGAGGUCACGCCUCAGUCUUCCCCAAUUCACAGGUGCAGAAAACCUGCGACAUCCAGCGAGCAGAAGGGCAAUAAUAACGUUAGAUUGAAAAAUUCCGAAACCCGUACCCACAAGAAGAAUGUUGUUGAUAGUCCAUCUUACACAGGACGUAUGAGCACAUCGCCAAUGUCUCCCGUUCACAAGCAGGAAAGCACGUCUUCAGAAGGUGCACACCAGAGUCUAGAGGAGCACAACUGUAAGCAGCAGCAGAGAAAACCUGACAAGAUAAUGGUGCUAGAGAAGAAGAUAACUGAAGUUCAUAGCCAUUAUGUACCCGUCAGAGCCAUCGUGACUCAGAGCCACAUCGAUGAGGCAGCGACAGAGCCUAGUGUUCUCGAGGAAGAGUUGGUGAAGCCAUCAAAAAUUGUUGGCCAAUCGAAGAGGAGGGUGAAGACAGCCGGGUUCUCGGAGACGUUCCUUAGUAAGCCUAUUCAGAAUGCUCCACGACAACUACAGAACCAGGAGGAGGAGUGGGUGGCCGUUGGUGAGGUGCAGUACACAAGGGCCAAUAAAGCUCCUGAAGUUACAGCUGAAGUUCCAUUCAAGUUGAAUCGUCCAAACAGACAGCCUAAUGGCAGCGAUGUGUUUGCAAACGGUGUGAACUCUGUAACGUCUUCCACUGCAACAGAAAUGCAAAGUCGUAGUUCCGAGGACGUCGACAGGGUAAUGUCUGGUGAAAAAGAAAGGAAGAUUAAUCACAUAGAGUUGCUGUAUUCUCAAUGUCACGACGAAGACACACAGGGUUCAGUCGAGAACGAGCAAGUCUUCUCCAAACAACAGAGCAGCUCAGCCAUAAUGGAAUCCGAUAUCUUGGAGGUAGAGACUGCCGAUGAGGUCCUAAAUUGCUACCACGAAUUCGAUGAUGACACAUGUGCUGUCACGUCGACACAGGCAUGCGAAAUCUCUGCUGAGCUUACUACUUCUGUCGUAAACAGUCAAUCCGAUUCCCGGCACGUUCUGGUUGUCGAAGCAGCGCUUACUGCCAUCGUUUCCGAGGCACCAAGCGAUCCCCUCGCCGAUCGCCAUGACGACGACAGCAUCCGGCAUCACUCCCCGCUGCCCGUCACGAACAUCGAUGAGGUGGCGAGUUCCGACAGCAACGAGUCUGACGAGGACGAACCGACAGAAUACAACGUGACACUGCCGCCGGACGAAGCUCCCGGCCAGGAUCCACUGUCUUCCUACAUCAUCCACAGUUACUACGAGUCGCCGCCGCCGCCCAGGCUACCCAGCAACGUGCCGCCGUCGGCCGAACACGGCGACGACGUUCCCGUGUCGAAGAUCGAUGAGUUGGCUAACGGUGGGGGUGAGUUGAACACAGAUUCAGGGAUCUACCUGAUCCAGAGCUCGUUCGGGCAUGUGAUCUACACAACGCUUAACGAGACAGAAGAGGAUGACGAGGAGGAUGAGGGGAUGGAUGAAUAUGAGCUGUUCGAUCCAGUGUUCGAAGGUAGCCACGUGAUCAUUGAUGGCAAGUCAUCACUCAUCCAGCGAAGGAACAAGAAUCUCCGGAUAAAAUUUUGCAACAAAACGCCAUCACCAUUUGAGUAUCCAUCAGAGCAGAGUUUGCUGGAAGAUGAUCAUCCACAUGACAACGGUUGCCAGGAGAUGAUGAAUGGGGACGUGUCGCAGAACGACAAACCCACGUUCGAGUUGACUAUGAAGAAUUCACCUGUGAUUACCACUUCAGGUCUUGCAUCUUACUUGCCGACGAAGCUGCAUCAGGACUAUGAGCUGGGCAAGGAACAGCCAAAGACAGCUAACAACAUCAUCAUCAGCCUGCCAAAGCGAGUGAAGGAGGAGGAGAAACAGAAUGAGGAAACAUGGGCUAAGCCUGUGGAGGAACAAAUCACUUGGUCUGACUCUGCAAGCAGUGACCUCUUAUUCUGAGAUGUCAAUGGUAUAUAUUAUAUAUAUAUGAUUCAGAAUAAGAGAAGUCAACGUGAGCUAGGAACUGGAAUGCUGGAGAACUGGGAGAGUUGUGGGUGUUUGGUAAACUAUGGUACAGCUGAGAGGCAAGGGUGAGUUGCAGAGGAGAAGACUGUGGGUGGUUAGAAUCAGGCAAGUCACCUUGUUAUUUGACCUUGUUGCCUCCACUGCUGCCAUGUGAAAAACAAAAUCUAAAGAAUUUUUGACACGAUAAACGCUGUCAUAGUGACGUGGUAGAAGUAAUAGCUAAAAAAACUAUCACUUGUAUAAAAUCAAUUACUCAUCUGGCAUUGCCAUAUUUUUGGGCUAAAGCAGAAGGUUAUCUGAGUGUAUAUAAGUGUGUAAAUAUGCUCAUGGUAAUAUAAAUGUCAAUCAUCAGUCAUAGAAAUAUCUCAACUUUUUACGUCCCUUUAUAUAACACCAACCCAUAACAUUCGGGGGUUAUUUUUUUAUAACCCCCGCUAUUAAAAUUCGCAAGCAGCGCUAUACUGUUUGAUGCUGAUCACUCCGUCAUUAGAUCAGCCAUCUAAUUGAUUGUGUAAUAGGCGAAUGAAUGUGCGUUGCAUUGGGUUGUGUACAUUGCUUACGUGAUGCUGCUGUGCGUGUGAGUCGCCACCUAGUGGCUAGUAUGUGGAACUUUGUAGAAUCUCGUAUGCCAAUAAAUUUGCUGAUCUAGGUAAUUUUAUUUGCAACGCCUAGUAUUUGUCUCGCUGUAUAUAUGUGUCCGUGUCUGUAUGUGUGCGUGCUUGCAUGUGUAUAUGCGUGUGUUGUGAAGUUUACAAUAAUAUGUGUAGAGACAAUACCCAACAUGAUUUAGGAAAUUUAUGUAUUUCUGUUGGGCAUGGAAGAUAUGGCACGUUGUGUGAGAUACAGUGCUGACCCUGAUAGCCAAUAGAAAUCAUAUCUUGUCGAAGCAGCGCCAAGUUACUUGCUCUGGAUGCACACUAAUUUAUAGUUAUAUACAAAACUGCUGAAUACAGAUAAUUUAAAUAUAGGUUGGUUUUGUUGCCAUGGUUAGGUAAUUAUGCCCAUGGUACAUUAUUGUCUUAUUAUAAUUAGCUUAAUAUAAUUAGUUAACCACGGUUAUCUUACAAUAUAAUUAAUUUGCCAUUGCCAGUUUACUAAGUUUAGCAUAUUGUGGUUAAUUGAACCUGGUUAACCAACAAUGAUUAUCUAAACCUGGUUAGCUAACAAUGUGUAACGGAACCCGGCUAGCUAACAAUGGUUAAUGGAACCUGGCUAGCUAACAAUGGUUAAUGGAACCUGGCUAGCUAACAAUGUUUAACAGACCCUGGUUAGCUAUUAAUGGUUAUAGAACCUGGUUAGCUAACAAUGGUUAACAGAACUUGGUUAGCUGACAAUGGUUAGCUAACAAUGGUUAACAGAACCUGGUUAGCUAACAAUGGGUAAUGUAACCUGGCUAGCUAACAAUGGUUAAUGGAACCUUGUUAACUCACAAUGGGUAACUAAACCUGGUUAGCUAACAAUGGUUAACUAAACCUGGUUAACCAACAAUGAUUAUCUAAACCUGGUUAGCUAACAAUGUGUAAUGGAACCCGGCUAGCUAACAAUGGUAAACGGAACCUGGCAAGCUAACAAUGUUGAACAGACCCUGGUUAGCUAUUAAUGGUUAACAGAACCUGGUUAGCUAACAAUGGUUAACAGAACCUGGUUAACUAUCAAUGAUUAAUUGAACCUGGUUAGCUAACAAUAAGAAUCUGGUAGCCAGCAAUGGCUAGCUAACUAUAGCUAGCUAACGAUGGUAUCUUGACAUGGUUAGUUUACUAAGAACAAAGUAAAGUUUUGGUAUGGUUGUUUAUUGUCAAUAGUCCUCUUCUCUUAAUGCGUAUGUGAAUAGUAGGGUAUAGGGAUCAACAAAUUGGGUUUUCUCAUGUCUAUCACGUUUUUUACAAACGUUUCGCAUUUUAUCUUUGUAGAUUAAAUAUAAUUUAUCCAUUUAAUAGCACUAUAAUAUAAAUAUACAUGUGUCCGUGCACGCACUUGUGUGUUCGUGCAUGUGCCAAUAUUCCUCGACAGAUUAUUGCUGUUGUGUGAUAUAUUCUUAUGUAGUUCGCGCUUAUUGUACUUUCUUAUUAAUGCAGUCAUUUGAUAAUCUCAUGAUGAAAUCUCAUUCUUCUGCCCAAGCGAAGGCAUUAGCUUUUCCGCAGUGCUUAUAUUGUAGAAUCCCAUUUAUGUAUUUAUGUAUGAUUACUAGGAGUUUAUACACAUUUCAUUUUAACAGACAGUUCUUUAAUUAUUAUUUCAAAACUUUCCGUGUUUGAUAAUUAACCAGAGUCAGAAUCUGUUCAUGGUAUCAUCAAGAAGCCACAAUACUAAAAUUAAAUAGUAUUAUGGGCACACACACAAUACUGUUAGUUUCGUAUUGGUGAUUAAAUAGUUCUGCAAUUUGCUGUCAAUGCCAAUAUUUAUUGCGCGAGUGCACUACGAGACAUUCACUACACCAUUGCUUAAGAUUUCGUAGUGAAUGCAUAACGUCUUAAAUUGUAAAGGUGCGGUUUGAUGUAAGCCAAGAUGAACUGUCAACUGCUUAGACGAAUCCUCUCUCCAUGUAUGUUGACUAUACGCUGGUUAGUGGUAGUGAGUAAAUUAACGUCCUGUCGGCUUUUCUGUAAAUAAUAACGCGUCGUUUGUUUAAGGUAUAUCUGUGGUUGCUAUGUGUUAGAGCGUCGUGAGGAGAGUAUGAUCAUAAUGCAAUGCGCGUAAUAAUAAAUAAUACACAUAUCGCUUUACCAUGAACGACUCAAGGGCCUGUGUGUAAACAUGAACGGGGAUCAAGUGUCCAAAGGAAGUAGCAGGCGCGUGACCACAGUCGACCACGAUGGGAAAAAGCAUGGGACAGUUCAUGGACGAAGGUUAUGGGGUGUUAUACCUACGUUACAUCGUCUAACAUGCGCCUGUCUCGUAUCAAAUCACAACUUGAUUACAUACAUUACGUAACGUUACGUAACAUCGCGUUUAGACUUUGUUGUUUCUCUAGAAAUAUCCAAACCUUACGAGGGGUUAUCCUGGUAGUGAUGUCAUGAAGAUAUCGCAAAUAUUUGCUGAAUGUUGAGCGAGUUUCAAGACGUGUAGUGGUCUAUGUGAUGAUAAAAAUAUUAUAGUAUGUAUGAAUAUUCCACAAUGUUAUCGAAAAGUGUUAGUAUAUUGAACCAAAAAUUCAAUCAAGCUGCUCAAGUUAGUGCUUUCCGUCAAUAUUGGGGUUAUUAGACAGUGUGUAUACAUUGUAUGAGUUUAUUUGUACAUUACAACCAAAAGUGGAUCGACAGAGAGAGCUUAUGAUAUUUUCUCGGUUUCACUGAGUUGAAUAUAGGAAUGGGGCAGGCGUUAAUGAAUAUCUGUCAGGUUAAAUUAUGUAAAUGCUUCAGCGUUAACUAUGAGGGCUAGACAGUGAUAUUAACAAUAGAAGUUCUAUUCUAUUAUGUUUUUUAUGUAUACCAUCAUUUUUAUUGUGCAUAAUAAUGUAUUAAUAAUAUUUAUUCGCUUCAAUACAAAAAGUAAUCAGUAAUAAACUUGUCAUUACUAUAUGUUCUUUGAUUGUUGUGAUAUAUGAUAAUUACAGGGUCGUAUUAUUAUAUAUAGAUGUAAUAUGCGGUAUCGUGCAUAUUCGCGGUAUCGUAAUAUUCGCGCGCGUGGGAAGGUUGCAUAUGUAGAACUGUAGCGAGAUGAUUCAACAGAGCUUACGAAAAGUAAAAUGUACAUUAAAACCCUUCUGAACGCCUAUUUAUUUGGACGAUAAAAAUGAUAGUUUUCUUCCAUGUUUUUUAUCAUCACAUGUUAAACAAGAAAUUACAAUUACGUCAGUACCUUUCGCGAUUUCUGGAUUGAAAAAUCCUCAAUAACAUUAAAUGACAUUUUCCGAUAAUCUUUCAUUCAGUCAAGUAUAGUACAAGGCAACGACAAAAAAAAACAUACGAUAAUGAUUCAAAUGAAGUUUAUUCAUGAAA